AUGACGGUGGAUUCGGUUGAGCCCGUGCACACGUCUCGCUCUUACGCGGAUGUAACCGAGCGGGACGGCAGCGAGCGGGUGUUCAUCAACGUGUCCGGGCUGCGCUUCGAGACGCAGCUCAAGACACUCUCCCGCUUCCCGGACACACUGCUGGGUGACCCGUACAAACGCACCCGGUUUUUUGAUCCGGUCCGGAACGAGUACUUCUUCGACCGGAACCGGCCGAGUUUCGACGCUAUUCUGUACUACUACCAAUCCGGAGGGAAGCUCCGCCGACCUCUGAACGUACCGGUAGAAAUUUUCAUGGACGAGAUCAAGUUUUAUGAAAUCGACGAGACCGUGAUACAGAGAUUCAUCGACGAUGAAGGGCUCAGUAAAGAGGACGAGCGCCCGAUGCCCACUAACGAGUUCCUGCGGCAGGUUUGGCUCCUGUUCGAAUAUCCCGACAGCUCGCGUGGGGCCAGAUUGAUCGCCAUUGUGUCAGUGAUGGUCAUCUUAGUAUCAAUUAUCAUCUUCUGCUUGGAAACGUUACCAGAGUUCAGAGGGACCGGCGAUGAGCUGAACAGACACGCAACAAUUAACGGGACGACCGAAGAAGCUUGGAAUGGCAACAUGUUCACUGACCCGUUCUUCCUGCUCGAGACGCUGUGCAUCGCCUGGUUUUCCUUCGAGAUGUUCAUGAGGUUCAUAUCGUGUCCAUGCAAGUCCGCUUUCUACAAAGACAUCAUGAACACUAUUGAUAUUAUAGCAAUCGUGCCGUACUUCAUAACUCUUGGUUUGGAGCUCUCGGAGCACCAAGCGAACGCGCAGCAAGCCGCAUCCUUGACCGUGCUCAGAGUCGUGCGCCUCGUGCGCGUCUUCCGCAUAUUUAAACUCUCGCGCCAUUCGAAAGGACUACAAAUCCUGGGCCAAACGCUGCAUGCCAGCAUGCGCGAACUGGCACUGCUCAUCUUUUUCCUCAUCAUUGGCAUCGUCCUGUUCUCCAGCGCGGUCUUCUUCGCUGAGGUGGACGACCCCGGAUCGAGCUUCACCAGCAUCCCGGAGUCGUUUUGGUGGGCUGUAGUUACCAUGACCACGGUGGGAUACGGGGACAUGAGUCCCGUCACGGUCGGUGGUAAAAUCGUUGGUUCAAUGUGUGCCGUGGCCGGUGUGCUCACUAUUGCCCUGCCCGUGCCUGUCAUUGUGUCCAACUUCAGCUAUUUCUACCACCGGGAAAAUAACGAGGAGGAUCGCAAAACGUACACGCAUGUAACGUGCGGCCGCCCGGUGGCCUCGUUUGAUGAAAACAGCGUCCAUAAAGGCGGAUACACAGUUAAUAAAUCAGAGUGCACGGGAAAUAAAAAAGAUGACGAUAAUUUCUCCAUAUAUUGUAAUUUAAAUUUUGAUGAAUACACAGGGAAGCUGACAGAUGUGUGA